GAUGCUGAUAGCUAUAGCAACGACAACUGGGGAAAGCGGAGGGCGACAACAAUGGAUUUACGAUUUGUAAGCAUCAUUCGGAUUGUCUGACUGUGCGCCGCGCAUUUCGUUUGUGGUGACAUGACCAUCAACUGUUCUGACAUGAAUGUAGCUCAAGCGACAAGGCGCUACGACUGCUGACUCGAAAUGUAAACAAAGGGAGACGGCCCUUAUGCUAGCUCUCUCAAUAGGCCUGGCUAGCUGCAUUGAAGUUGUCGUUGAUAGUGUCAACUGUCUUUAUGCACGGUGCAUGUAUUAGUACAAGGAUACCAUGUGGUGGAUCGUGUGUCCUCUGUACCGUAAUGUUUCAAAUGAUGGGUGUUAGAAAAAAAUAUUUUAUAUUUUCUAGUACUACAAUGACAAGCUUUUUAGAAUGUCAAAUGAUUAGGUUAGAUGCCACCUGUUUAUUUUAUAUGAACAUUGCGGUUGAGCUAUAAUGCCACCAUCUAAACAAGCAACAUUGGCUUGCUUUCAUAGCCUAUCAGAUCUGCCAAAUUGUGGCUCUCUCUGACCGAAGUAGUAUUAUAUUAGUGGGUCGUUCCACGAAAAGAGUGCCUUUUGCAUCCCUUUGAUAUCUUAAGUAGAAAUUGUGCACAAUUAUUGAAUUUUAAAAGCAUGUUAUAUUAAAUGAAGUGCCCUUUUAAUAUAGACCACAUGGAGAAUUCAAUACAUUCUCAGCAUUUUGACAUGUCCCUCCAUGCACCCGCUGUACCUUCUAGGAAGAUUUUAACCCCGACAUAUAAGUUUUCACCAUUGUCAUAAAGCCCUAGUUAUUUAGUUGCUUUGACAGUCAUUUCUGAAGACUUAUUUAUAUAAUGUUUUUAAUUUACUCUGGUCUCAUUUUAAAAGGUCAACCCAGUUACGUGAACUGCUCGUUAUAAAAUGGUUGAAAUAUUCAUUUUUAAAUAUAUAUUUUAAAAACAUUGAACAUCUAAUAGUCAAAUCAUAGUGUAAAAGCAGGUGAGAUGGUUCUACUCUCAUUGUCCAUUUUCUGGUGUUUUGUGGCGUUACGUUCCCCAGCAAGAAAAUGAAAAAAUUGUCACUCAAACAGAAGGGGGAACUAACAGUCGCUGACAACAACCAAAACGAAAAAAGGUGGGGUUUUAGGAGGGGUUCUGAAAGACACUCAUGUGGGUGUUCACUGAAAGUUGACUAAAUCAAAUCACAUUUUAUUUGUCACAUACACGUGUUUAGCAGAUGUUAUUGCGGGUGUAGCAAAUUGCUUGUGCUUCUAGCUCUGACAGUACAGUAAUAUCUAACAAUUUAACAACAUAUACCCAAUACACACAAAUCUAAGUAAGGAAUGGAAUCACUAACUGUAAGUUGCUCUGGAUAAGAGCAUCUGCUUAAUGACAAAAAAUGUAAAUAAUAUAUACACAUAUGGACAAGCAUUGACAUAGCGGCAUGGACUAAGAUACAGUAGAAUAUUAUAGAAUACAGUAUAUACAUAUGAGAUGAGUAGUGAAAGAUAUGUAAACAUUAAAGUGACUAGUGUUCCAUUUCUUAAAGUGGCCAUUGAUUUCAAUAGGCAGCAACAGCCUCUAAUGUGAUGGCUAUUUAACAGUCUGAUGGCCUUGAGAUAGAAGCUGUUUUUCAUUCUCUCGGUGCCAGCUUUGAUGCACCUGUACUGACCUUGCCUUCUGGAAGAUAGCGGGGUGAACAGGCAGUGGCUCGGGUGGUUGAUGGCCUUGAUCUUUUUGGCCUUCCUGAGACGUUGGGUGCUGUAGGUGUCCUGGAGGGUGGGUAGUUUGCCCCCGGUAAUGCGUUGGGCAGACCGCACCACCCUCUGGAGAGCCCUGCGGUUGCGGGCGGUGCAGUUGCCGUACCAGGUUGUGAUACAGCCCGACAGGAUGCUCUCAAUUGUGCAUCUGUAAAAGUUUGUGAGGGUUUUAGGUGCCAAGCCAAAUUUGUUCUGCCUCCUGAGGUUGAAGAGGCUCUGUUGCGCCUUCUUCACCACUCUGUCUGCAUGGGUGGACCAUUUCAGUUUGUCAGUGAUGUGUACGCCAAGGAACUUGAAGCUUUCCACCUUCUCCACGUCGGUCCCGUCAAUGUGGAUAGGGGGGUGCACCCUCUGCUUUUUCCUGAAGUCCACGAUCAUCUCCUUUGUUUUGCAACUAGCAACAACAACUGGGACCUAAAAGACACCCACCAUGAGCACCCACUGAAUUUGCCCAAGAAGAGGCAAACAAAAUAAAAACCCACACCAAACUUAAAGACAGGAAGCAAACCAAAAAGUGGCACAAAACGACAACAGGGAAGAUCAGAUAAAAUAUUAUUUUUAAAGAACUCAACUAGGGCGUACCAACUAAAGGUGUUAACCCUCCACAUCUCUCAAGAGCACUGAGCCAGCCACUCUUAAAUAUCACCUGGGCCAGCACAGGUGAAACACCUUCCGACUAACGAGAUGACAAGCCAGCACAGGUGUAACACACUGACUAACGAGGUGAUGUCAAUCGGUGUGGCUAAAGUGCUAACGUCCAACCUCAAAAUAUACAUGGAAAAUCCAAUGCCUGUAGUAGUGGGAAGCAGAGCGGGUCGAGCAUAACACCCUGUUACUUAUAGAUAGGCUAGAUUUUUAAAAACAAUUUAAUAUUUUUUGUGAAGCUUGCAUUCUAUUGCCCCUCCCUGUUGCACACAACACGCUUCCAUUUCCCUGUGUCAAGGAGAUUUAUGGCAGAUUUUAGAUGAAUUUGUCAACCCUGUUAUUUUAUUUGGCACUUAAUAGGCACUUACUAUAGUAAUUUUUUAUUUAACCUCUUGAGAUGGGAAAACUUGUUUUUUAUGGAAUUUGAACAUGUUCACUUUCACAGAAUGUUACAAUUAGGUGAAAUAAAAAAAAAAUUUGACCAAGUUACGCUUCUCAAAAGGUACCAAAUUGGUGGAACAACCCUAGUGUCAUAUCAAGAAAAGUCAGUAUGUAGCCUACCUUCUGCACAUUCCUCUAUCUUUAUUAACCAGUAUUAUAGUUUGAUUUCAAAAAGAUACUCGGACUCAGAAGAAGAUGGCAAAUGGAGACCUGCGCACACUGAUCAUCCUAGCUUUAUCAUGUCAUCAACACAUAGAAAAACCUGCCUUGUCAUGUCAAUACCUCAUAGUAGUCUUUUCACAUUUAUUUUGACUCUGUGACGUUGUUGUUGCCAGGUCUGAGGUGUACUGAGUGAAUCAUGGCCACGCAAGAACCAUCCCCUCCAUCGUCCAUGGAGAGCAACAAACCCGGCUUCCCCAAGAAGAUCCUGGCCAAUAAGCUGGAGGAUAAGCACCUGUGUAACUGCUGUCACAACCUGCUGCGGAGGCCCUUCCAAGCCCAGUGUGGACACCGCUUCUGUUCCUACUGCUUCAAUAUGACUGUCAGGUAGGAGUUCGAAGAGUGUAUCUCAAUUGUAUACAAUUGUCUUUAUUGUCUCCUUUCCCUGUAUUGUGUAUGUGCUGGUCUGGUAAAACAUAAGAAAUCAACUUUAGACUAUUGAAAUGCCCCCCAAGAUAUGAUGCUUGAUGAAUACACUGAGUGUACAAAACAUUAACACCUGCUCUUUCCAUGACAUAGACUGACCAGGUGAAUCCAGGUAAAAGCUAUGAUCCCUUAUUGAUGUCACUUGUUAAAUCCACUUUAAUCAGUGUAGAUGAAGCGGAGGAGACGGGUUAAAUAAGGAUUUUUAGGCCUUGAGACAUGGAUUGUGUAUGUGUGCCAUCAGAGGGUCAAUGGGCAAGACAAAAUAUUUAAGUGCCUUUGAACGGGGUAUGGUAGUAGGUGCCAGGCGCACCGGUUUGUGUCAAGAACUGCAAUGCUACUGGGAUUUUCCCGCACAACAGUUUCCCGUGUGUAUCAAGAAUGGUCCACCACCAGAAGGACAUCCAGCCAACUUGACACAAUUGUGGGAAGCAAUGGAGUCAACAUGGGCCAGCAUCCCUGUGGAACGCUUUCGACACCUUGUAGAAUCCAUGCCCCGACGAAUUGAGGAUGUUCUGAGGGCAAAAGAGGGGAGGGGGGCAACUCAAUGUUAGGAAGGUGUUGUUAAUGUUUUGUACACUCAGUGUAUAUGAAACAUUUGACAAUAUGACACACUGUACUGUUAUUUUGUAAUGUUUGUCGACAUCAUAUUCCCAUUGCAGAGAUGGACCUCAGAAAUGCAAUGCUUGUAUCAAAGAGGACAUUUUUGAAGAGCUGACGUCGAUUCUAAAACAAGGCUGUGUAAGUGUCAACAAUGUUGGUCUUUGUGAACAUAUAGGCACACUUCUUCUUGAAUACAUACAGUGCAUUCAGAGAGUAGUCAGACCCCUUGAAAUUUUCCACAUUUUGUUACGUUACAACCUUAUUCUAAAAUGGAUUUAAAAAAUAAUAAUCCUCAUCAAUCUACACACAGUACCCCAUAAUGAAAAAGCGAAAACAGGUUUUUAGAAUUUUUUGCAAAUGUAUUAAAAAUAAAAAACAUAAAUACUUUAUUUUCAUAAGUAUUCAGACCCUUUGCUAUGAGACUUGAAAUUGAGCUCAGGUGCAUCCUGUUUCCAUUGAUCAUCCUUGAGAUGUUUCUACAACUUGAUUGGAGUCCACCUGUGGUAAAUUCAAUUGAUUGGACAUGAUUUGGAAAGGCACACACCUGUCUAUUUAAGGUCCCACAGUUGACAGUGCAUGUCAGAGCAAAAACCAAGCCACAAGGUCGAAGGAAUUGUCCAUAGAGCUCCGAGACAGGAUUGUGUCGAGGCACAGAUCUGGGGAAGGGUACCACAAAAUGUCUGCAGCAUUGAAGUCCCCAAGAACACAGUGGCCAUCAUUCUUAAAUGGAAGAAGUUUGGAACCACCAAGACUCUUCCUAGAGCUGGUCGCCUGGCCAAACUGAGAAAUCCGUGACCAAGAACCCGAUGGUCACUCUGACCGAGCUCUAGAGUUCCUCUGUGGAGAACGGGGGACCAUCCAGAAGGACAACCAUCUCUGCAGCGCUCCACCAAUCAGGCCUUUAUGGUAGAGUGGCCAGACGGAAGCCACUCCUCAGUAAAAGGCACAUGACAGCCCGCUUGGAGUUUGCCAAAAGGCACCUAAAGACUCUCAGAACAUGAGAAACAAGAUUCUCUGGUCUGAUGAAACCAAGAUUGAACUCUUUGGCCUAAAUGCCAAGUGUCACGUCUGGGGGAAACCUGGCACCAUCCCUACGGUGAAGCACGGUGGUGGCAGCAUCAUGCUGUGGGGAUGUUUUUCAGCGGCAGGGACUGGGAGACUAGUCAGGAUCGAGGGAAAGAUGAACGUAGCAAAGUACAGAGAGAUCCUUGAUGAAAACCUGCUCCAGAGCACUCAGGACCUCAGACUGGGGUGAAGGUUCACCUUCCAACCGGACAACGACCCUAAGCACACAUCCAAGACAACGCAGGAGUGGCUUCGGAACAAGUCUCUGAAUGUCCUUGAGUGGCCCAGCCAGAGCCCGGACUUGAACCUGAUCGAACAUCUCUGGAGAGACCUGAAAAUAGCUGUGCAGCAACGCUCCCCAUCUAACCUGACAGAGCUUGAGAGGAUCUGCAGAGAUUAAUGGAGAAACUCCCCAAAUGCAAGUGUGCCAAGCUUGUAGCGUCAUACCCAAGAAGACUCAAGGCUGCCAAAGGUACUGCCAAAGGUGCUUUAACAAAGUACUGAGUAAAGGGUAUGAAUACUUAUGUAAAUGUUAUAUUUCCGUUUUUUAUUUGUAAUAAAUAUGCAAAUUUCUAAAAAACUGUUUUUGCUUCGUCAUUAUGGGUUAUUGUUUGUAGAUUGAUGAGGGGGGGGGGAAACUAUUUAAUCCAUUUUAGAAUAAGGCUGUAACAUAACAAAAUGUGGAAAAAGUAAAGGGGUCUGAAUACUUUUUGAAUGCACUGUAUUUAAAAGAUCUCAAUCUCUGGUGAAGGAGCUUCUUCUUCACAGUCUUUUAUUACAGAGUCAGUUUAUCGUCUCAAAGAAAAAGUAUGAUCAAAAUGUAUCCUUUAAAUACUGGUGAUGUCAUUCAACUUUUGAAUUGGACGUUGUUUACACUGGUUUUAUAAAAGCCCUGUCAUUCAGAAGUAAUGUCUAAAUGGUGUUAUCCGUGUGUACAGUAGAUUCUCUUUGUGUUGUAUAAUUUAAAGGUAGUGCCAGUGCGUCCAUGUUAUUUGGAGCGUGUGCACUUAUCUCUCUCACACACACGCACACACACACACACCUCGCAAUCAUAAAUGAUGCGUUCGGAAAACAGAACAGAUUAACUGUAACAGCAAAAGCCUCCAUUUUUGUUUGCUCUCACUUCUGCAGGCUUUUCCUGACAACGCAGCUCGAAGAGAGGUCGAAAACCUCUCUGCUGUCUGCAUCAACGAAGGCUGCACUUGGAAAGGCAAUAUUAAAGAAUACGAGGUUAGUUGGGUGUUUUUUAGACUGAUUAUCAACCUUUUCAUCAUUUAAACGAUGCAUUUAGACAGACAGGCAUUAUUGAAAAGAAGGAGCACCACCAAUGUGCCAGAAAUGCUUGUAAGCAAUGCAUCUCAGUACUGUAGUGUAUGUCUGGGUUUUGCUUUGCUCAAUCAGUUUGACUGAAGAUCCUUGGUUAUACGCUUAUGAACGUAUACUAAAGUCAAAAUAAUCCAAACUUAAUUUUCGGUCUCUUACAGUUGAGCCACGAGGAGAAGUGUGAGUACAUGAUCAUCCCCUGCCCCUCCUGUAAAGAGCGGAUCCGCUUCAACGAACAGGAACGCCACAACGAGCGAGAGUGCCCCGAGAGAACCCUCAACUGCAAGUACUGCAAGGAACCAUUCCAUUUCAAAAACAUCAAGGUGAGAAAUUAUGCAGGCUCUGAGAGAACAUCCAUCCAUCUGUUGGUGGUGAAAUCUCUCAAAUGGCUGGUUUAUGAUCGCGUCAAGAUUGCAAGGAGUAGUAGCAUCAAUUUGUGUAAAAAGCUAUACAAAAACAUGUCCUUUUUAGGCCCACGACGAGAUCUGCCCAAAGUACCCCAUGAUCUGUGAAGGCUGUGCCAAGAAGAAAAUCCCCAGGGAGAAGGUGAGUUCUUAAAUGUUCAACACACACAAUAUAGCCGAUUUGAUAUUAUUAUUGGGAACUUGUGACUGAAUCCAUUUGGAAAAUGCAUGACAGGAAAGGAAGCACAAUAUUGAGAGAAAAUAAGCCACACUAUUUUAAGAAGGGUGAUGUUUGAAAUGGCUGUAGAACUUGUCAAAUCAUUGUGUAUUUUUUCGUCUUUGGCUAUUUCCCUAGUAUGUGGACCACAUUAAGUUCUGCAGCAAAUUCAGAACGCCAUGCAGAUUCCAUGUUGUUGGGUGUGAUAUGUCAGUAAGUAGCAUUAUUAUCUCUUCAGAGCUAUGGUUUCAAUCAAUCCUAAUGAAACAAACAAGGUUGUUACUGUGUAAUUACCAUUUUACCAUGUUAUUUCUUAGUUAAUACCUGGUUAAAGUGCUUCUGUUAAAACAGCUGUCCUCUCCCUCGCUCUCUGUGCAGGUGGAGAAGGAGAGGAUCCACGACCACGAGAGGGCCUGCGCAUACGAACACCUCAACCUGCUGCUACACUACAUUAUGGGUAUGAAGGUGAGGGUGAGCAUGGAUGUAGUGCAGCGGAAAUGUCGUUUAUACAGCUUUUUAAUUGGUGAAUAGCAGUGUACACACCUAUUACGCUAAAUUAUGGUUGGUUGCAUAAGCAUUUACUUAGCAGUUACAUUAGCGUUAGCGUUACUUGCCUCGUCAAAUCAAAUCAAAGUUUAUUGGUCGCAUACACAGUUUAGCAGAUGUUAUAGCGGGUGCAGCAAAAUGCUGAUGUUACUAGCUCCUAACAAUGCAGUAAAAUGUCAAUAAAGUACACAAAUAAUUACACAAAAAAAUAAUAAUAAAUCAAGAAACAUCGGAACAAAUCUAAUUAACAACCCAAACAGCACUGUAACAAUAAUCCAAAUGCAAUCUAUACAUAUGUACACCGGAUUAAUUCACCCAAGAUAUACUAAAAAUGGUAUGUACAGCAGUAUAUAUAUUAGAGUGAGCAAUGUUUAGAAUCCAGUAUAUAAAUAAAUAUGUGGUGCAUAUAAACAGUGUAACUAAAAUGCAACGUACAGUAGUAAAAGUAUUAGAAUGAGCUUUGUCGAGAAUACAGUAUUUAAAUACACAGUAUCUUCUGUCUCCUAGUCUACAAUCAGCUCCUUUGUUUUGUUGACGUUGAGGGAGUGGUUAUUUUCUUGGUGUUUACUUAUGUUCCCCCUCUCUAUCCCUGAAGGUGAGCAUGGAGGGCCUGCAGCCACAUGGACUGGAGCAAGCCGGACACAAGCUCCUGGACCUCCACCAUUCCCUUAGGGAGCUGGAAGCCCGCGUCUCCCAGCUCAGCACCACUUCUAUCGGGCCUACCGUGCAGGGGGCCACCUCCUCCUCUUCCUCCUCCUUAGGCCUCCCCGGGCCUCCUGCCCCGGCUCUUCCCCUGCCUCCACCUCCCACCCCGGCAACAACACUGACCGUGUCCACCUCCUUCACCCCCCUGCCCAGCUCGGUGGGGGCGGCCCUGGAGCUGCAGCUCCACAGUGAGAAGACCAAGGUGGCGGAGCUGGGACGCAGGUGCACCGACCUGGAGGUGAAGGUGGGGACGUUUGAGAAUGUGGUGUGUGUGUUGAACCGAGAGGUAGAACGCUUCACCACCACCAUGGAGGCAGGUAACAGACAGCAUCGCCUGGACCAGGAUAAGAUUGAUGCCCUGAGCAACAAGGUAGGAAGGAAGACCCUGAAGCAGAAAUGAAAUUGUCAUUUGAUUUAUAGAGCCCCUUUCCAAUAUUUAAAGACGUCCUCCAGCGAUUGUUUUACUUUUACUGUUGAAAAGCGAUAGCUCAAGUAUAAAUACAGUAAAGUACACACACUAAAGGGUAAAAACUUUUUUUUUUUUACAUAACUGCAAACUUCAAAGAGUAGGGCAUUCAAGGAGUUGGUCUGAUAUGAAUCCGUGAUGUAAUCAGCCUCCCCCUUACUUGAUGAACCAAAGAGGAGCAAGAGAGAGCAAAACAGGCCCACCCCCUCAGUUGUGCUAUGUCAUGACUUACCUGGACCACCUAUUGAGAUGUGCCUUUUGUUAAGUAAAUCAGGUGUUACAUAUGGUUAAAAGGUGACUGGAGUGCCACUUUAAAUUCAAUGGCAUUACUCACUUAAGCAAUAAUACAUGAGCGGUCAUGUGUUAUGACAUUUUUAUCAUGGCUGUAAUAUGGGCAUAGCCACGAAGCGAAGCCUAGGGGCGUACACAGCGGUGUAAAAUGUACUAAAUUGUCAUACUUUAGUAAAAGUAAAGAUACCUUAAUAGAAAAUGACUCAAGUAAAAGUGAAAGUCACCCAGUAAAAUACUACUUGAGUAAAAGUAUAAAAGUAUUUGAUUUUAAAUGUACUUAAGUAUCAAAAGUAAAUGGAAUUGCUAAAAUGUACUUAGGUAUCAAAAGUAUAAAAGUAUAAAUCAUUUCAAAUUCCUUAUAUUAAGCAAACCAGACAGCACAAUUUUCUUGUAUUUUUUUAUUGACGGAUAGCCAGGGGCGCACUCCAACACUCAGACAUAAUUUACAAACGAAGCAUUUGUGUUUAGUGAGUCCGCCAGAUCAGAGGCAGUAGGGAUGACCAGGGAUGCUCUCUUGAUAAGUGUGUGAAUUGGACCAUUUUCCUGUCAAAAUGUAACAAGUACUUUUGGGUGUCAGGGAAAAUGUAUGGAGUAAAAAGUACAUUAUUGUCUUUAGGAAUGUAGUGAAGUAAAAGUAAAAGUUGCCAAAAAUAUAAAUAGUAAAGUACAGAUACCCCCAAAAACUACUUAAGUAGUACUUCCAGAACCUUGUUUUCUAGGGACGCUGUCCAUGGUUCUGAAAACAAUGCACGUCUGGUCUAUGCAUACGAAAAUUGGAUGCCAGAUCGAAACAUUGUAUAGGGGUGCUGUCCAUGGAUCUGAAAACAGCGCUGAAACAUUGUAGCAAAGACAUUGAUACAGCAGAUCAGAAUAGAAACCACAAUGACAUUGUUUUUCGGAUGGUCGCAGCAUCGACAGCUAUUUAUUUAUGCAAUUUUCCCCGGGGCAGAGCUCGUUCCCGUAGGUUCUCAUACAUGCAGCCACAACGAUUCUCUCUGUCUAUUUCCAUUGGAUUUUUGUGGUUCUUGGUUUCUUCAUUUUUGUCUUCUUUUAUUACGAAUUAGUUUGGCUUCAGUUUGUGAUUUCCUUCAUUGCCUUUUCGGCCAAAGUGCAACUGCAAAUCAAACCACACCUUAUUCAGUAGGUGGCGUAGAAACUCCGGAGAAUAUUACCCAUCUCCUGUUUUGAAACAGUUGCCAUAUCGAUGUUUAUCCCCUUUUCUGACAGCCAUUCCAGAAAGCACUUCACUGCCCAGUUGGUUUGUCUUGAUGUAGUUAACUUCUUAAUUUCUCUCCUUUUCUAUGCUCUUCCUCUUGUUUCAUUUCUUUAAUAUCCUCCUCCUCCUCUUCUUGUUGGCACCAUUCAUUAAACAUUAGUAGAUAAAACAAAUCAAAAGUAACUUUAAAAUCAUCAAUGACGAGUUAUAGGUGCUAAGAUUAGUAGUUGUAGUAGUGGUAGUGGGUUGCUAGGUAACGACGUAAACUUUAUAUGAAAGUGGCCAUGUGUAUGUUGUCUCAUAUAUCAUGGGCAGGAGAGGCUCUAACAAUGGGAAUUCCAAACCACCCGUUGUAUAAUGGGGUAUAAAGCUGGAGAUUCAGAGUGUUUUGAAUUCAUAGAAGCUAGCACAUUGGUGUGUGUGUGUGUGCGCGUGUCUCAGGUGCGGCAGCUGGAGAGGACGGUUGGGCUGAAGGACCUGACGGUAGCGGAGAUGGAGGGCAGGCUUAGGGAGAUGUCGGCCACCACAUUCGACGGCGUCUUCGUCUGGAGGAUCUCUGACUUCACCAAAAAGAGACAGGACGCCAUCGCUGGCCGAGCCCCUGCCAUGUUCUCACCAGGUAACUCCCGGAACCAGUGCUGUAGACCACCUGAAGCGAGACCAGAGCUAUUCCAGUCCGAGUUAAGACUGAGACCAAAGGGGCUUUGAGACAGAGUCAAGACUGAAGCCAGAACAACCUGAGUCCAAUUUGAGACUACAUUGUUCCGUAGUACAGUGAGAGACAGAAUAACAACAACAAAAAUCCAGAAAAACGCAUGUUAAAAAUGUUAUAAAUUAAUUUGCAUUUUAAUGAGGGAAAUAAGUAUUUGACCCCUCUGCAAAACAUGACUUAGUACUUGGUGGCAAAACCCUUGUUGGCAAUCACAGAGGUCAGACGUUUCUUGUAGUUGGCCACCAGGUUUGCACACAUCUCAGGAGGGAUUUUGUCCCACUCCUCUUUGCAGAUCUUCUCCAAGUCAUUAAGGUUUCGAGCCUGACGUUUGGCAACUUGAACCUUCAGCUCCCUCCACAGAUUUUCUAUGGGAUUAAGGUCUGGAGACUGGCUAGGCCACUCCAGGACCUUAAUGUGCUUCUUCUUGAGCCACUCCUUUGUUGCCUUGGCCGUGUGUUUUGGGUCAUUGUCAUGCUGGAAUACCCAUCCACAACCCAUUUUCAAUGCCCUGGUUGAGGGUUGGAGGUUCUCACCCAAGAUUUGACGGUACAUGGCGCCGUCCAUCGUCCCUUUGAUGCGGUGAAGUUGUCCUGUCCCCUUAGCAGAAAAACACCCCCAAAGCAUAAUGUUUCCACCUCCAUGUUUGACAGUGGGGAUGGUGUUCUUGGGGUCAUAGGCAGCAUUCCUCCUCCUCCAAACACGGCGAGUUGAGUUGAUGCCAAAGAGCUCGAUUUUGGUCUCAUCUGACCACAACACUUUCACCCAGUUCUCAUCUGAAUCAUUCAGAUGUUCAUUGGCAAACUUCAGCCGGGCCUGUAUAUGUGCUUUCUUGAGCAGGGGGACCUUGCGGGCGCUGCAGGAUUUCAGUCCUUCACGGCGUAGUGUGUUACCAAUUGUUUUCGUGGUGACUAUGGUCCCAGCUGCCUUGAGAUCAUUGACAAGAUCCUCCCGUGUAGUUCUGGGCUGAUUCCUCACCGUUCUCAUGAUCAUUGCAACUCCACAAGGUGAGAUCUUGCAUGGAGCCCCAGGCCGAGGGAGAUUGACAUUCUUUUGUGUUUCUUCCAUUUGCGAAUAAUCGCACCAACUGUUGUCACCUUCUCACCAAGCUGCUUGGCGAUGGUCUUGUAACCCAUUCCAGCCUUGUGUAGGUCUACAAUCUUGUCCCUGACAUCCUUGGAGAGCUCUUUGGUCUUGGCCAUGGUGGAGAGUUUGGAAUCUGAUUGAUUGAUUGCUUCUGUGGACAGGUGUCUUUUAUACAGGUAACAAACUGAGAUUAGGAGCACUCCCUUUAAGAGUGUGCUCCUAAUCUCAGCUCGUUACCUGUAUAAAAGACACCUUGGAGCCAGAAAUCUUUCUGGUUGAGAGGGGGUCAAAUACUUAUUUCCCUCAUUAAAAUGCAAAUCAAUUCAUAACAUUUUUGACAAAUGCGUUCUGGAUUUUUUUGUUGUUAUUCUGUCUCUCACGGUUCAAAUAAACCGACCAUUAAAAUUAUAGACUGAUCAUUUCUUUGUCAGUGGGCAAAUGUACAAAAUCAGCUGGGGAUCAAAUACUUUUUUCCCUCACUGUAGUACCCGCAAAACACCAGUCUCAACUUCAACAGUGAAGAGGCGACUCCGGGAUGCUGACCUUCUAGGCAGAGUUGCAAAGAAAAAGCCAUAUCUCAGACUGCCCAUCUUAAUCUUUUCUUUUUAUUGGCCAGUCUGAGAUAUGGCUUUUUCUUUGCAACUCUGCCUAGAAGGUCAGCAUCCCGGAGUCGCCUCUUCACUGUUGAUGUUGAGACUGGUGUUUUGCGGGUACUAUUUAAUGAAGCUGCCAGUUGAGGACCUGUGAGGCGUCUGUUUCUCAAACUAGACACUCUAAUCUAUUUGUCCUCUUGUUCAGUUGUGCACCGGGGCCUCCCACUCCUCUUUCUAUUCUGGUUAGAGCCAGUUUGCGCUGUUCUGUGAAGGGAGUAGUACACAGCGUUGUACGAGAUCUUCAGUUUCUUGGCAAUUUCUCACAUAGAGUAGCCUUCAUUUCUCAGAACAAGAAUAGACUGACGAGUUUCAGAAGAAAGUUAUUUGUUUCUGGCCAUUUUGAGCCUAUAAUCGAACCCACAAUUGCUGAUGCUCCAGAUACUCAACUAGUCUCAAGAAGGCCAGUUUUAUUGCUUCUUUAAUCAGCACAACAGUUUUCAGCUGUGCUAACAUAAUUGCAAAAGGGUUUUCUAAUGAUCAGUUAGCCUUUUAAAAUGAUAAACUUGGAUUAGCAAACACAACGUGCCAUUGGAACACAGGACUGAUGGUUGCUGAUAAUGGGCCUCUGUACGCCUAUGUAGAUAUUCCAUAAAAAAUCAGCCGUUUCCAGCUACAAUAGCUAUUUACAACAUUAACAAUGUCUACACUGUAUUUCUGAUCAAUUUGAUGUUAUUUUAAUGGACAGAAAAAUUGCUUUUCUAAGUGACCCCAAACUUUUGAACGGUAGUGUAUGUAUUUUUCGUCAACAGCAUUCUACACCAGUAAAUACGGCUAUAAGAUGUGUCUGCGGAUCUACCUGAAUGGGGACGGGACAGGGCGUGGCAGCCACCUGUCUCUGUUCUUUGUGGUGAUGAGGGGAUUGAGUGAUGCUCUGCUGAAAUGGCCCUUCAACCAGAAGGUAAGGACCGGGGGACUCGUUUAUAAAAUGCACAGAUUUGAUCAUAUUUUUUACAUACUGUAUGUUGAAAUUCACGUCAAUCUUGUAAUUUCUAAAUCUUCAAAUUGGUUUGAAAAUGUACAAUACAUUUAGAUUUUGCAUGAAGAUUUGUGAUGUAUAAAUCAGACUUGCUUAUGUGGAAUAUUAUCUCUCUCUCUCUCUCUCUCUCUCUCUCUCUCACUCUCUCACUCUCUCACUCUCUCACUCACUCACUCACUCACUCACUCACUCACUCACUCACUCACCAGGUGACUCUGAUGCUGCUGGACCAGAGUAGCAGGGAGCACAUCAUCGACGCCUUCCGGCCUGACAUCACUUCCUCCUCCUUCCAGAGGCCUGUGAGCGAGAUGAACAUCGCCAGCGGCUGCCCGCUGUUCUGCCCGCUCUCAAAGCUUGACGCCAAGAACUCCUACAUCCGCGAUGACAUCAUCUUCAUCAAGGCCACCGUGGAUCUCACAGGCCUCUAGAUGCACACUUUGAAGUGGAAGUGCAAGGCAACUGAGCAGCACUGUGGCCAUUCAGGCUCCGUUUUGGCUGCUUUUGGUCACCAUUUCAGCUGCAUUUGGGUCCAUUUGGGAUCCAUUCGGGCCUAUUUCAGUCCCCUCCAGUAGUAGGGAGACUGACAUGCUUUCUACUGUGUGCUGCAUGCGGCUCCAGUUUGCCCAGCUCAGGAGGCUGUUGCACUGUUGUACAAGGCGGUCCUUUGCAGAGCAAUUCUGUUGUAGCUCUACAUUUUGAUUCCUCAUGGUGCUUGAACCCCACUUUAGCUCUGUAUUAUUUGUAUCCAUGGAAAAGUAACUCCAGAAUAUAGUCUCAAUAUUGCGUAGGACAGAACCUGUGGCAUUGAAAUUGGGAUAUGUGGUGGUUGAAUUGGGUUAGAGGGCAUCUUUUUCUCUCUUUGUUUUUCAUAAGACUUGAUUUGGUCUCGGAGAGAAUGAAUUGUAGCUGUUAGCCGCUACGGUUAGAGGAUAGUAAAAAGGGGGAUAUGAACCUUUUCCCUGUCAGUGUAUAAAAUGGACCCACUGCUUAUCGUAGAAGUAGAGCUUGGCUUGGUGUAGCAGGGUAUUCGCCUUUUUUCUUGUUUCCGAUCUCAACGCCAGUGAUUUUGAUUGUGGAUGUCGUGAGCUUCUCAAUGCCAUUGUUGAGUACAUUUGCAUAGACAAACGUGGAGUUAUGUUAUGAAUAAGAAUAUGGGCAUUUGUUUGCCUUUUUGCGCAAAUUGCAUGCCGGCUAUCUUUUAUUGGCCUGUUAGUGUUGACGUGCUCUCUCCUUUCAUUGAGCUGCUGGAGGGCUCUUGUUCGUUGUUACACUUGUUAGUGAGUUAAACCACCUGUAAUGGUGGACAUUGCCUGCAUUUCUUGGAUCCAGGCAUAUACUUUUACAUAUACUUGUUAGUGUUGCAUUUCUUGUUUCUCUUUAGGGGUCGAGGGUUACGGGAUUGGUGGUUCGGUACAUCUGUGGAAGAUACAGUGGAGUUAUCAGGGUGUUAUAAGGCAGCUUGCCAGUCAAAGCCUGAGGCAUACAACAAGUGUAUUUCUGUCAUUGGUAAAUACACCAACCUGGAAGAGCUUCUCCCCCAGGAUAUGCUCAGUACAGUAGCUCACAUCUCAACACAUAGUACUGUGCCCCACCAUAGAUGGAGGUUAAUACAGGUUCAAUGAACUGAAGGAAUGGUGUGUUCCUUGUUUUCUGUCCAUAUUACAGUACGGUACAUUUGUAUGUAGUUUUGCUGCUCUCAGCUUUGUUUUUCCGAUGUAAAACAAAUGUGUGGCGAUCGAUGCAGAUUUUAGCACAGACAGUUGAGCGUUAGUUGAAGAGAUUAAAGUGGAAGGAUAAAGAGGGAUGUAGCCUCGAAGUGAAAACAAGUGAAUGUGAUGGUAUACUUUUCCAUUGGACCAUAGGGGUUGAAAAUCAUUAAUUUAUGUUUGAUGUAACUCUACAUAAAUUCCAUUAACCUGUGGGUGACAGUGAAUCCUCUUAGCCUAGGUGGUGUUAUUAUUCAUGAAGCCCCACAAUGACGCUGACCAAAAUGCUAAAUCAGAGGAAAUCCUUUAGAACUGAAAUAUAUCUGUAGGUUCUAUGCAUGUCCACCAGGGGGUGCUGAUUUACCCCAAUAGUCUUCCCCCUCUGGACUUGCGUCAGGGUUUUCACAGACCUGUUUUGAAACCAGUCUUGACCUGUAUUGAAACCUCUCUGUGCAUGGGAGGGUUCAAUUCAUAUUCAGUAUCGCAGUUCGUGAUUGUCUUACCUCAUAGACCAAUGGCGAACGCAUUUAUUUGCAUUUGUUUGGAGGAGUAUAAAUAAAGAUAGCAUUAUUAUUAUGUCAUACCUCGCACUGCUUCUGUAUAACACAAGCAGAUGCCUAUAUAUAAAUAUAUUCAUUAGAAUUUAUACAUAUAAUAUCAUAAUGUUGAACAAUUCAAUAUAUUGAUGUUACUAUACGCAUAUUGUUAUUGUUGAAUAUAUUAUUAGUGAUACCUAGUUUUUGUUUUAAUGAGAUGGUUUAAGACAGGUCUGGAAACCCCCUUAAAGUAACAUAUAUUGGUUGAAUUGCUUAUAUGGUGCAACAACAAAAGCUCUGCCACAUAAUACCAACCAUGGCACCCCAUUCUUCUAGGUUAACUGUGGGUUAAAAAACACAAUAUGAAGGGGUUGUGUUUACAUUCCUCAAAAUGACUCUUUAAAGGUUCCUACAGUAAUUCUGUGUAAUUUAACUCCGUUUCUCAACCUUUUUUAUGCCACUGGGACCCGAAAACGAUGGUCCCUCUUGUACCAAGAACUGGUAAGCUGCUAUGGUCCUUGAAGGCACUUGAGAACUGGCUACAUUCUUGUCAGCUAACAAUCUGAGGGACCAGUCAGCAGCAUCCCAGAGAUCGGUGCAGGUCCUCGGACCAGAGGUUGAGGACCACUGAUAUAAUUUUCCUCUGAGAAAGGGUGCUUUAGUUGUUAUAAUGGGUAGUAUUUGGCCUCUGGACAUCAGUCAGUGAAUAGGGUGUUGUUUGGUCCUCUGAUGGUUAUAGACAGGGUUUGGUUCUGCGGGAGUUGAUUCUGACCAUGUUCAUUAUAGGAAGAAUCCCUCCUGCAGAGGUAGCUUUUUAGCUUCAAACUGGAAAAGUUGUUCAGUAAGUAUAGUAUACAUACGGGUUGGAUUCAUAUGUAAUCGGUCCUUUACAUAAAUACUUAUCCAUGUGUUGUGCCAAAAUGCUAUAUUACCUCCAUAUUAUUACAAAAGUUAUAUUGUAAGUUGUACUUGUAUUCUAUGCUCAAAUAUGGUGCCAAAUAUGCUUGGAGAAUAAUGUAUAUUUAUGGUUUGUAUUUUUGUUUCAUUCCAAUAUAAUGCAAGGGCCACUUUUGGAACCACCUAGACUAAUGGAGACAUCAGUUUAGUAUGUUCAGCAAAAUAUCUCCUUAUAGUACAAUCAUAUAUCUUUCUUUAGGUGUCUGAAUGUACAGCAUUAAUGCAGUGGUCCUCUCCACUGUUUCUGUGAGAGGAAAACAGUUCAGCAGUUCCGUUUUAACAGUUGUUGAUGCAGUUGAAUUGAAUUAACUUUAUUUGUGCACUUUGUAUUAUUUAAAUGUUCCACAGGGUACUACUUUGUUCUGUGAUUUGUAUACUGUGACGUCAGAUCUAUAUACAUUCUGAUGUGUUCAUUGAUGUUCUCUAUAUAUGCUAGAAAGGCUCUUACAGGACAUGCAGUAUGCAAUACAUUUGUCAUUGGAUUUCUGGGUUUUGUUUGUCUUUUACCAAGCGUCUGACUGUGUCCCAAAUUGCAGC